CGGCAUAACACACACCUUGGCUGUGUACCGUCUCCCGUAAUUUUACAUUGGCCGACGUGCCAUUCCACUUGGACUCCUCCUAUCCAUCCGCCCUCAAGUUCCCGUCCACCUCGAAUCUGUUUCAAAUCAUUGUCCAGGCCCUGGAACUUGGUCGCUGACCGUUCAGUUUCCCUCGUCGGUUGCCUAGAGGCAAAAAGCAAAUACACAAGCUAUAUCCGGCUAUAACCGUAGCCCAUCGCAUCCCAUUCCCGGGCCGUGAGACAGGUCCGGUGGAUGGAAAGCUGAGGAUCGACAAGCAACGAAGCCAUACCACGCCUGGGCAAUUACACAAUUACACGCCCAUUAUUUCGAUUCUAAUCCCAAUUCCAAUCCAAAAGUCCACCCCGAGCGAACGUGCCCCUUGUCGGCCACGGCGCAGACCGACCGCCGUUAACGAAACGAGCGAGGCUUGCACUUUCCACGCGACCAAGAGACCCCGUCCGUCUGUUACUGUGCAUCCCGACUGAACGUCUCUCUCUCUCUCCGAGUCCGCUCCCGAAUACAUACACUACUACUACUACAUACCUUGACCUACUUAGGUAGUACUUGGCGUUGAGGUGGUAUUACGCGACAAGAAAAAAAAAAAAAAAAAAAAGAGAGUCCCGAACGUCGCAAUUCUCCGAGACCCCGGCCGCCCCCAACGACGAACAGAAUAUCCCAUUCCCAAUUCCAUGUUUGCAUCUUCGACGGCAGUACCAUCCUACAAUCACAAAGACGCUCUUUUUGUCCGCCAAUUCCGUUAAUAAUCUCCUUGGUUCCCUCGGUCCCCUUGUCACGGAUACUACUGUCCUUCCCCCUCAAUCACCUACCCAUUCUCGCUUCGAUAGCUUGCGCCUCGCUCCAGAACUUGGAUAUAAUCAUACCCCCGACUUCCCCCAAGGUAGUAAUUGCAGUCGCUGGUGGCCAGAAGCGGAUGCGGACCGGGUCCCGUCCCGACGUCGCGGAGUGAUGCAGACGGCAAAAGGGAAGGCCGAGGCGCUUGGACGGAAAGCCAAGCUUGCGAGUUCAUAUCAGGAGUUGCUCGACGAGUUCUCGAGCAAAGACCUUCGAUCGGUUGGAAACUAUACCCUCGGACGACUAAUUGGCAAAGGAUCCUUCGGCAAGGUCUACUUGGCCACCCACAAACUUACCAAUGGCUCCAAGGUCGUGCUCAAGUCAGCCAACAAGGAUGACACCAACCUCGCUCGCGAAAUCCAUCAUCAUCGCCAGUUCGUCCACCCGCACAUCGCCCGACUAUACGAGGUGGUCGUAACGGAGAACUUGGUAUGGAUGGUGCUAGAAUACUGUCCAGGCGACGAGUUGUACAAUUACCUCCUUCAACAUGGCAAGCUACCGGUCGAUAAGGUGCAGAGGAUCUUUGCGCAACUGGUGGGCGCCGUGUGCUACGUCCAUCGGCAAUCUUGUGUCCAUCGAGAUCUGAAACUGGAAAACAUCCUCCUCGACAAACACGAGAACGUCAAGCUAUGCGACUUUGGUUUCACACGCGAAUAUGAGGGCAGUGCCAAGUAUCUGCAGACGUUUUGCGGUACCAUCUGUUACUCGGCUCCGGAAAUGCUAAAGGGCGAAAAGUAUGCGGGCGAAAAGGUGGAUGUUUGGAGUUUGGGGGUUAUUCUCUUUGCCCUUCUCUGCGGCGAGCUUCCCUUUGACGAUGAUGACGAGCAAGUUACCCGGCGAAAGAUUCUUGGCGAAGAACCAGUUUACCCCGAUACCCUUCCGGAAGAUGCGCUCUCUCUUCUAAAGACACUACUAUCCAAACGACCGCUGAUACGACCGUCCCUACCCGAUAUCCUCGCCCACCCCUUCCUCGCCGAAUAUGCGCCACAGCAACAAGAGAUUCUGAAACUCGAGCAUCCACCGCCAUUCUCGACGCCGUUGGAGAAAGAGACGUUGCAUCGGAUGCGAAGCGCUGGGGUUGAUACGGAGGCGGUGAUGGAGAGCGUCAUAGCCCAGAAGUGUGACGCCCUUGCUGGCUGGUGGACGCUACUGAUCGAGAAGGAGGAACGGAAAGCGGCGAGAAGGGAACGAAAGCGCAGGGAAAAGGAGGAGAACCGAAACUCGAGACGCUUCUCUCAGGCUUCCAGUCGACUCAAUGCUUUGGCUACUGUAGAAGAGUCACAGUAUGCCCCGUUCGGAGAGCACUCGCAGAGACCACGAGGGCGGAGCGAGAGCAGGAGAAGCGGGCACUACCCGGCUUUGCUCAUCCCGGAUAUGCCCAACUUAGCCGACUAUCCCAGAAGCGCAACUGAUACCCGCAGUCCGAUAGAAGGCGAUAUGCCACCUCCGCCGCUGGAUAAGGACUCAAUUAGGGGUAGAUCUACCAGCUCCUCGCGGCACAGGAAGCCGAUUCCUCCGCCCAAGGAGGGUAUUUUGAGGAGUGCACGAUCGAGAGGCUCAACUCUUCAUUUGGUCACUACGAGUGAAGUUCUGGACUUGAACGGAAGCCUACAGCUGCCUGAUGACCAGAACCAGGUGAAGAAGAGGCCGUCUAAGACCAAGAUAUUCUGGAAGAACUGGACACAUUGGCUCUUUGAGAGUACACGGCGGCAUAAGAACUCACAGAAGCGCGCCAGCCAAUCGACCCCCAACCUGGCGGAUAAGGCCGCCGUGCAGAGUGUGAAGGAUGGCAAAUCCAAGGAUGGGGACAUUCAACGGCCGCAGACGAGUAAGUAUCCAGCGGCGAGCUCUCCGAUCACAUCGGGUACGGCUGGCCUACCUAAGGGUGUAGUAGCCAACGGCUACGCCAACAAAGCGUCACCGGCGCUCUCCGCAGGCUCUGCACCGUUCAAGAACAGUAACGGCUGUGUCGGCCUUUCGAGUUCGCUACCGUCCUCUUUGCCACCAGUUCCACGCACAUACACGUCAGGCUCCCACAAGCGACAGUCCCUAUCGCCAUCACCCGUAACACCGCGCUCCACCAUGCGGCGAGCGUCUGGUACCGCGGGCCUUCGUGGCAGGAAGUCCACCUCUUCCUCGGUCUCUUCCAUCCGUUCAAUGCACCCCACCCACCACCAUACCCACAGCAAAGCCAGUUCCACCUCUUCCAACAAUUCCGUUUCUACAUCGGUCUCGAAAUCUGCCUUACAAGCCAGCCGCAGUCCGCACCACUCCGUCAAGGUCCUCCCCGCCACGCCAACAACCGUCGGCUUCCCAAGCAACAUCCGCUACGUCCGCGACCGCACCGGCCCGCCCCUAGGCAUUGGCAGCAUCGGAGGCCCCAGUCUCUUUGCCAACUCGCCCAAUGACUACGGCUCUUCCGAUGACGGCCGCCUCAACGCCGCCUUCCUCGGCAAUGGCGGCGGUGGCAGAGGCGGUCUCUCCGCCCUCAACACCAAUACGCAGUACUACCACAUGCCGCCCGCCCCUGGCUCGCCCAAUCCCUUUGCCUCGGUCAACUCGGGUGGCUAUUUUGCUCCCAGGGCACCGGGCAACGGAUCGCCCGUGGUUGGACCCGGUGGCCAUGGCGGCGUCAUGUUCGCCAAGAGAAAGAAGAAUAUCUUCAAGGGCCCGGUGCUCAACUUUGGCGGCAGUUCCGCUGGUGCUAGCAGUAGGCAGAGAGAGGAAAGGAGUAAUAGCGGUGCGUCUGGGUCAGCUUCGGCAAGUCAUUCCAGGAGUGCGAGCGCUAGUGGUAUGGGACGGAGGAGUGGGGAGAUUACGAUUCAGGAGGAGGAGGAGCCUGGGGAGGAAGAGGAAGAAGAACAGAAUGCACAUGGUGGCGGUGGAUAUACUGGCGGUGGUGGUGGUGGUUAUCACAAUAGCCACUGGGGCGGAAGCAGGACGGGCGCAGGUUGGGGAGGACUAGGGAUGGCGGGCAUGGAAGAGGAAGAGGAGGUGGAAGAGGUGGAUAGCUUUAGUCCCAUUAUUACCGGGCCAGGUGAAAUUGUGGAGGAGAGGAUCAUUGAGGAUGGGGAGGAAGAGGAAGAAGAUGAUGACGCCCAGGAGAGUGCGGACGAAGGGACGAUUACUGAUCAGAGAUCGAGAAGGUCGAGACCUAGGUCGCAGGAUUAUGACGAGGAAGAAGAGGGAAUGGAUGUCGCAGGUGACGCAAGGCGGCACUCGAACUCGAACUCGAACUCGAACUCGAACCCGAUUCAGACUCCAACGAGGCCGAGCGCUCACGGGGUGGAAGAAGAAGAAGAAGAGGAAGAUCAUGUCGAUGUCGGUGAAGAGUUCAAAGGGCUUGGGUACGAUGUCGGGGUCGCGAUAACUACGGCACCCCACAGGCUGAGCGCCGACGGGCCUCCGCUUUCGUCAUCGACUGUUCGGGCCGUCCCAGAACAACAACAGAAACGCGGGCACAGAAGGGGAUGGAGUAAUGGGACUAGUAGCAGCGGUGGCGGUGGAAGUAAUAACAAUGGGGAAGGGAGUAGUGGUAAGGUUAGCAGAUGACGGUUAGUGAGGCGGGCCUUGCAUUUAACUAAUAAGUAAAGUGGUGUCGUGUAUGUGUGUGUGUGUGUGUGUGAGUAUAAAGAAGGGAUAGGCAACAAACAGACCAGACACCGGGGCCAGGAGAACAAACGAUCGAUGGUGGGGGGGGAGGGGGUAUUGAAGACUGAAGUGAGAUGAAACAACAGGCGGAUGCAUUGGUUGAGAUGGCUGGGAGAUGCUGAUCGGUUGGUUGUUUGAAUGGAAGGAGGCGAGGGGGGCGGGGGGGUUGUCUGCUUAUACCAACUACAUCUACUUGCAUUUAGUUUUUCUUUUUCUCAUCUUCUUUCUUAUUUUUCAUUCUUAUUUUCUUGCUUAUACAAACUUACAUAUACAUACAGAUGUACCAUACCAUAUCAUACCAUACCAUACAUAGAGAUACCUAACUAACCUACCGCAUAGCUGGUCCUGGGCUGACUCGUUGGACACGAGGAGAGCGCGAUGAGAAGCAGGAGAUGGGAAGGAAGGAAAUGAGAAGGGUUCAAGGAAAAAAAGAGAUGAGGAGGG